AUGGAGGAGGAAGAGGAUGUUGUAGCUGUUAUCGGGAUUGGAUGCAAUUUCCCCGGAGGUAUGACGAACCUUUGGUGCUUUUUCUACUGAUUUUCGAUACACUGAUUUUAAGUUGUCGUGUGUGAAUUAUAGGCGCUGUUGUGCUUUUUAACUUAAGGUGAGGGACUGGAAAACUUCUGGAAGGUUCUGUUGGAGGGAAAGAACUGUGUUGUGGAUAUUCCAAAAGAGAGGUUUGAUACCACCUUUUGGUUUGAUGCUGAUGCAAAUAAACCUGGAAAGACUCAGACAUCGAAGGCAGCUCUUAUUGAAGGGUAAGGAUUAUCUAUGUGUUUAGAGAUGAACCAGUAACAUCCCAGUUAAGUGAUGUCUGAGUAUGAUAAAUCUGUUUUUACAUUUUAGGUUCAAUGAGUUUGAUCACAGGUUUUUUGGCAUUACCGAAGCAGAGGCAGAUUUCAUGGACCCACAGCAGAAACUUCUUCUGCAGUGCACAUACAGGACACUAGAGGACGCAGGAAUAGCAAUGGAAAGCAUCAGUGGAAGCAGAACUGGAGUUUACAUAGGUAACCAAUGAUUUUCUGUUACACAGUUAAAAACUACUCUAAAUCUCAUGUAACAAAGUUUGUAUCACACUCAGCCUGUUUGUUGCGUUGCAGGUCUAAUGAACAGGGAUUAUGAGAUGCUGAGAAGUAAUACUUCUAAUUCAAUAAACCACUACAAUGGCACUGGGACUGCUAUGAGCGUGGCGGCCAAUAGAAUUUCAUUCACAUUCAACCUCACUGGCCCAUCUUUAGCCAUUGACAGUGCCUGCUCGUCAUCUUUGGUAGCGGUACAUUUAGCCUGCCAGGCCCUAAAGCAAGGUAUUUGGUCCUCUUCUCCUCAUAUAUGUAUGUAUAUGCCUUAAAGCAAGUGGAUGUAGGGCAGCAAUUAUACUGAAUUUCUCUCUGUUUCAACUAGGAGACUGUGAAAUGGCUCUGUGUGGAGGUGUAAGUUGUAUAAUAGAGCCAAGAGUGUUCAUUGCUCUGAGCAAAGCCAAGAUGAUCUCCCCUGAGGGAACCAGCAAACCUUUCUCCAGCAGAGCAGACGGCUAUGGUAGAGGGGAAGGCUGCGGCAUUGUUCUCCUGAAACCUCUGAAACAUGUAAGUCUGUUUUACAAUCAUUGCAGGACACUAAAAUGCAGUAGGGAGCCGUCUAAUGGUGUGUCUUUAUCUCCUAAGGCUCUAAAAGACGGCAACAAAGUAUGGGGUAUCAUCAGUAAAACAGCCGUCAACCAAGAUGGAUGUGCAGUAACACCAAUCACCAAACCGUCCAUGUCACAACAAGAGGAACUCCUGCGCAGGGUCUACUCAGAGGCUGACAUAGCAGAUGUUCAGUACAUUGAAGCACAUGGAACAGGGACACCAAUCGGAGACCCAACAGAAGCAGGAAGCAUUUCAAAUGUCAUUGCCAAAGCCAAACCUCCUGGUUCAGACAUUCUUCAGAUCGGAUCUGUGAAAGGCAACAUCGGACACACAGAAUCAGCGGCUGGAGUGGCCGGAUUUAUAAAAGUACUCUUAAUGAUGAAGCACGAGACCAUCGUACCUACAGUUUUCUACUCAAAGGACAGUGCCAGUGUAGAUGAAAAAGCUCUGCAUGUAAGUAUUCCAACCAAAGCUGAAAAAUGGGAGACACAGGAGUCUUUAGUGAGGGUGGCUGGAGUCAACAGCUUUGGGUUUGGGGGGACAAAUGCACAUGUGAUCGUACGAGAGCACAGACAAACCAACUUCUUCACAAAGUUCCCAAAAGACUGUUCAAAACUCUUUGUACUAUCUGCAUCCACUGAGAGAUCAUAUCACCUAACUAUUGCUGACACACAGCAGAGAAUUGGCAGUCAUCAAACAGCUGAUUUACAAGCACUAGCAUACACUUCAGCAUGUGGAAGAAGUCACUCUAAACACAAGUACAGGAAGGCCUUCCUAAUGUCUUCUCUCUCAGAUUUAGAGCACCAGUUGUCAUGUACUUUGAAGACAAAAGCAGAGCCAACAAAGUCAGACAUCCAGCUGGUGUUUGUGUUUUGUGGAAAUGGGGUUGCCUACAGGAGUAUGUGCAGGCAGCUCCUGAAAGAGUUCCCUGUUUUUAAAGAAAAGAUCAGAGAAGUUCAGGAUCUCUUCCACAUUCAUAAAAGCCUCACCAUCAGCCAAUGGCUUUCUGCUGAAUGUGGUGAUGAGGAUUUUGAAAAGCCAGAUGUCAUCCAGCCUCUACUUUUUGCAGUUCAGGUUGGCAUUGUUGCUCUCCUAAGGGACUGGGGUAUCAAACCUGAUGCUGUGCUUGGACACUCUGUUGGCGAGGUUGCUGCGGCUCACUGUUCUGGUCUUUUGUCUCUUGAGGACGCUGUAAAAGUGUUGUACCACCGCAGCGCUCUUCAGGCCAAAGUCACAGGGGGGAAAAUGCUUGUUGUUGGAAAUGUGGCUGUAGAGCAAGUUGUAGAUGUCCUUCCAACCUUUUCUGGGAAUAUCUCUGUUGCAGCAUUCAACAGCCCCCAGUCCUGCACUCUGUCAGGGGAUACAGAUGCUAUAAACAACCUCCAUCAGAGGUUGAAGAGUCUAUUCACCUAUGAGAAUAUCUUUCUCCAUGAGCUGGAUGUGCCAACAGCGUACCACAGCCAUAUGAUGGACCCCAUACUUGAUGACAUUGAGAGAAGUAUCGAUCCUUUGGUUGCCAACAACAAAGAGUGCAGACUAUAUUCAACUGUGACUGGAGAGGAAUCUUCAAGUGGUGACUUUCUUUCAGGGAGGUACUGGGCAAGAAACAUCCGAGACCCUGUUUUGUUCAAACAAACCCUGCAUGCAGUCACCAAAGACAGGUCAUCGAGGAGCAGUGUGGUCUUUGUGGAGAUUGGACCGCGUAGGGCUCUCCAAAGGAACAUACAUGAGACUUUGGGAAAUAACGGCACAGUUCUUCCCUCUGUCCAGCCGGGGAAAGACCGUGACACAAUCUUGUCUACUGUGGCAAAACUAUUUGAACUUGGCAUCAAUGUGGACUGGUGUCGGCUCUAUAGAGGUUUUGAGACAUUGCCAGUGGCUUUUCCAGUCUAUCAGUUUGACAACACAAAAAAGGAAUCUGAUUUUGAAGCGAUGAGAAAAGGUGACAAGCCAUGGGAUUAUUCCUCCCAUAUACUGAUAUCCCAAAUAAAUCAGGGCAAUAAUGAGUACUCAUGCAAUCUGUCAGGGGAGACUGCUCCAUAUCUUUGGGGGCAUAAGAAUAAUGGUGUCCCCAUAGUGCCCGGGGCAUUUUAUGUUGAACUAGCUUUGGCCUCGCUGAUGGCAAGUUUGACUCCAAAGAAACCGGUAUCUCUGUUCCAGCUAAGUGUGAAAUUUGAGAAUGUGUUUACACUGACCUCAGACUGUCAUCAGCUGAAAGUGUCACUGGAACAUUCAGAGAAUGAUGGUUCGUUUAAAAUACAGUCUUCAGGUGCAACACAUGCCUCAGGCACAUACAGAUGUACCGAUGGACAACCACUGCUAGAAGAGCCGGCUGUUUGUCUUAACAGUAUCACUCAACGAUGCAAACUGGUCAUGACAGCAAAAGAGAUUUAUUCGAUUCUCUCUCAAGCAGGAUUUGAUUACGGCCCUGUCUUUAAACAGCUAGAUGAUGUGUACUUUGGAGAUGAAUUCAAAGAAGCUCUGACAACAAUUCAAAUCCCUGCAGAACUUCUUGAACAUCUUUAUGAGUAUUUUAUUCAUCCUGUGGUCUUGGACUAUUUCCUGCAAAUGGCUGCUGUGGUGGCUACUGGACGACUAACAGCUAGACAAGGCUUCCCCUCAGCUGUUGGUAGCGCAACCAUUUCGCGCCCGUUACAAGAGGAAAUGGUCAUGUACUUGCGAGCCACUCAAGAGACUCAACAUUUCCUUGAAGUAUGCGGUGGCUUUUACACCCUAGAGGGUAAGGUACUGGUUGAACUUAAGGCGGUGAGGAUAUCCUUUUUGGGUAAAUGCUCCGAUGUCCAGUCAUGGUUCUUCCAUAAUGAAAUCAUUGCUGUCCCGCAAAUUAUGAGCUUGCAUAACAACCAAAUGAAAGUGAUAGUUUUUGAAGACAAAUUUGGAAUUGCCGAAAGACUAAGGCCAUACCUACACCCAGAGUCAGUGUUUGUGGAGAGCAGACAAAAUUGGACUGGAGACCAAGUUCGAGAUUUAAUUUUCCACUCACUUAAAGCCGAUCGAGACUUGGAAAAUGCUCUCUUCAUUUGGGGUGUAGAAGACCUGAGUCACUUGUCAUCUGAGAAGAUACUGGACAGCUUGGUGACUUGCUGUGAGCUAUUUCGACAGGUUGUCGUUGCCUUGAAGGAGAGCAAGUGCUCCUGCUUUGUCCGGGUCAUAACCUACAGAUCAACAGAGACAAAUGUGGACCAUGUCAGUGCUGGUUUUGUGCUUUCUGGCAUGAUGAGAGCUUGUGCUGCAGAGAUUGCAGGUCUUUCUUUUCAGUUGAUUGAUCUUGCUUCUCUUGCAGGUGAAGAUAUUCAAUCACUCGUCCACAUCAUGAACACCUGCAAACAGCAAGAGGUCAUGAUCAGUAAAGGGCGAGUAUCAACCUCAAGAAUAGCACGAACAGCUGUGACAGACGGGGCUUUGUGUGCAGAGGAUAUGCACUCAAUUUAUCAGAGAAACUUUGCAGUACAAACAAAUGAUCCAUACAAAAUGGCUCAUUUAUCUGCCAUCCCUUAUGACAACAAUGUACAUCCAACACAAGAGAAGUCUGUUGAGAUACAAUUAGGCAAUGUUUGUGUGCAUUCAUCAGAUUACUUCCCUGUCACUGCCUCACAUUUGAAUUAUGGCAAGACGAUGUACUGGAGCAAGCACACAUCACACAACCACAAAGUACUUGCUUUAGAUUUUUGUGGAGUUGUCACAGCUGUUGGGAAAGAUGUUAAAAACCUACAAGUAGGAGAUCACAUUGCGUCAUGUUAUCCAGUUGCUGCCACAACAAAGAUCAUAAUUCCUGAAGCAGUUUGCUACAACACAAAGAGGCUUCCAUUUCUGAAAGACACUCCAUGUGUGUCGUACUUUGUACUGGCGUGGGAGAUCCUGCAGAGAAUUUUAGUCAAGGUCAAACAACAACCCAGAAAGUUGGUCAUUAUCUCCUCCAACCCUGUCUCUGCACUGGUUAAAGUCUUAUCUCUGGCAGCAAACAGGGCAGGCUGGAAUGUUUCCUCUGUGCCACACGUGACAAGAGAUCCUCCAAAUUUUAGCAAGAGCUAUGCAUUUGUUUUUCUGCCUCCAUUCGAUCACUCUUGGCAGCACAUUUCUGACAUUGAUGGUCAUGAUAGACAUGUCAUUUUUGUAAAUAGCAACAUGCCAUCCUCACUCUCAGCAAACAUGUUCAGUUUGAAGACUGAAUACAUGCAUGUACAUAAACUGGAUGUGACCAGUGUACUCCAGAAAGCCAGUCUACUGGGACAAACCAGGAAUAUCUCCAACUGGCUCACAUCACUGGGCUUUGAUACAAGAUCCCUAUCACUUAAAAGAGAGAUCUUCCAUUUGGUUAGUGAAAAAGAGCCUCAGACUGAUGCAGAUUCUAAAUCCUACUUCACAACAAACACGGUGAAGCAAGUUGUACUAAAGGAAUCUGGUUGUCCAAAUUCAGAUAUCUUGAUUAAAAGGCCUGGUCAACUCUUCAAAAAAGGCUGUGUGUACCUUGUCUCCGGAGGGCUCUCUGGCUUAGGACUUGAAACAGUGAAGUUCAUUGCCAGCAAUGGUGGAGGUUGUAUUGCAACACUGUCCAGAAGAACUUUGUCUGAUGAGUUGCAGAUCCAGAUGGAAAUCCUUCAAAGACGAUAUGGUGUGACAAUCAUCAAUCUCCAAUGUGAUGUUUCUGUGUUGGUGCAAGUAGAAGGAGUGAUCUCAAAAAUUGAACAAAGAUUCCCCUGUUGUCCAAUCAAAGGCGUGUUUCAUAGCGCUGCAGUUUUGCAUGAUGGGUUGAUUGAAACCCUCAAUCAGACCCUGUUCCAGAAGGUUCUGAAACCCAAAGUGAGCGGGGCUCUGAACCUUCAUUAUUCAACACUUCACUGCAAACUGGAUUUCUUCGUGUGCUACUCCUCGAUCUCCUCAUUCAUCGGUAAUGCUUCACAAUGUAACUAUGCGGCAGCUAAUUCUUUCCUCGACACGUUCUGUCAUUACCGGAGAAACCUUGGACUUGCCGGGCAGUCCAUUAACUGGGGUCCUUUGAACCUCGGUCUCUUGCUGAACAAAGACCAUUUCCAACAGUUCCUGGAGGCCAAAGGGAUGAUGAUAAUGGAUGUGAGUGAUGUUCAAGAGGCACUUGAAAAAUGUCUCCUGAUGAACAAACCACAACAAGUUAUUUGCAUGUUUAACUUCAGAAAUCUGAAGAUUCACGUUCUUUCACAGAAUGAAUCUCUCAGAAAGCGGUUGUCGGCUUUAGUGGAAAUUGAACUGAAGGAUGAUUUAUGUAAUGAAUCUGUGUGUCAGAGUUCGUUUUCCCCCCAUGAAAGUGUGAGAAAAAUAAUCAGCGACAUCAGUAAUGUAAGAGCAGAUGAGCUGGAUGAUGAGUCAGCUCUGUGUGCUCUGGGUAUUGACUCAAUGUUGGCCAUGACUCUGCAGAAUAAGUUGUUUCAAGAGACAGGUGUGAAUGUACCUUUAGUUAGGAUACUGGACCCCAACAGCACACUGGGCACUUUGGAAACUAUUGUAAUGAAUGAUAAAUAA